GACGUCAUAAGAGCGGCGGAAGAGAGUCGAGGCGUUCUAUCCGUUCAGAAUCUAUGAUAAGUGUCGUGUAGGGGCGUGGCUUGUUGGACCGUUACCCGCCAUCUUACUGGAGGCAGCCGAUAAGAUCAUGUCCACUCUGUUCCCAUCGUUGUUCCCACAAGUCACGGAGUCUUUAUGGUUUAACCUGGACCGACCGUGUGUGGAUGAGAACGAACUCCAGCAGCAGGAGCAGCAGCACCAGGCCUGGCUCCAGAGCAUUGCAGAGAAAGACAACAACCUAGUGCCCAUAGGGAAGCCCGCCUCCGAGCCUUAUGACGAGGAGGAAGAGGAGGACGAUGAGGAUGAUGAGGACAGUGAGGAAGACUCUGAGGACGACGAGGACAUGCAGGACAUGGACGAGAUGAACGACUACAACGAGUCUCCGGAUGACGGCGAGAUCGAGGCCGACAUGGAGGGAGCGGAACAGGACCAGGACCAGUGGAUGAUCUGAGGCUCCUGCAUGGAGAUCUGUACAGCCCUGGGGGAUAACAUGGACCCGACACAGAUCACUUACCUGUCCCUAUAGGGGAGACUACACUACGGCGCACACGAGGCUCCGCAAUGCAGAACCUCAGAGACUCGGGCCACAUUACGUUUCUGGUCCACGUUCCAUCUGUACGUUUAAUGCAGAAACAUGAGCUGGAUCCGCGUGUACCGAUGGAGCCCAGGACCGCACCCAAAAUAUGGGGGAGCCCUCCAGUAUUUGUAUUUCGGGGUGACAUUAGUGAUCGCUGUUAUGUGAUGAUAUUUAUUGAUUUUACAAUAAACUUGCAUUUCGUUUUUUUUUCUUUUUAUUUUACAUACUCGCCCCCCGCGUCCUGUUUAUUGGAUGAUUCGUAUGAAUAUUUAUUAUGGUCAUCACCAGUUUCUAGGCUCAGGU